CGCUCAAAGCGUUGUUUGUGCAGCGCACGCACACUGCGCCACUUCCGGGUUUCACCUGCGCGUAACUUAACCUGAGUUUCCUCCGUCCUAACUGUAGCAACAGAGCUAGCGCUGUUAGCAUCACUGCUAAGCACAAGUUCCAUUCAUUCGCCUCAUAGUCGGAGCUAAGUAGCUAACGGUGUUUGCUAGGAGCUUGUGGUUGAUACGCAGCUAAGUUGUGAGCACUGACGGUGUGGUCCCGGUCGCAGUGACCCAUCAUGUAUCGUCCCAAACCGACUCUGAAGGACCGACAGCACCUGUACAAGCUCAUCAUCAGCCAGCUCCUCUACGACGGAUACACCAGCAUCGCCAACAGUCUCAUCAACGAGGUGAAGCCCCCCAGCGUCGUGUCGCCCUCUGAGCAGCUGAUGCAGCUGGCGAAGACAGGGAUGGAGAAUGACGACAGUGCGGUUCAGUAUGCCAUCGGGCGCUCAGAUACAGUGGCCCCUGGAGUAGGUAUCGAUAUGGAAUUCGAUGCUGACAUGCAGUCAAUGUCACCAGAGGCGUCAGAGUAUGAGACCUGCUAUGUAACAUCUCAUAAGGGCCCCUGCCGUGUCGCCACCUACAGCCGUGAUGGCCAGCUGAUUGCCACGGGCUCUGCUGAUGCCUCCAUCAAGAUCCUGGAUACGGAGCGCAUGCUGGCCAAGAGUGCCAUGCCCAUUGAGGUGAUGAUGAAUGAGACAGCUCAGCAGAACAUGGAGAAUCACCCUGUGAUUCGGACACUGUACGACCACGUUGAUGAAGUCACCUGUCUCGCCUUCCAUCCCAGUGAACAGAUUCUGGCUUCUGGAUCAAGAGAUUACACCCUCAAACUGUUUGACUACUCAAAGCCCUCAGCAAAAAGAGCAUUUAAAUAUAUACAGGAAGCAGAAAUGUUGCGUUCAAUCUCCUUCCACCCAUCAGGAGACUUCCUGCUGGUGGGAACACAGCACCCCACCCUCCGCCUCUAUGAUGUCAACACCUUCCAGUGCUUUGUGUCCUGUAACCCGCUGGACCAGCAUACAGACACCAUCAGCGGGGUCAGCUACAACCCCUCAGCCAACAGCUACGUCACCUGCAGCAAGGAUGGCAGCAUCAAGCUCUGGGAUGGUGUCUCCAACCGCUGCGUGACCACCUUCGACAAGGCCCACGAUGGCGCAGAGGUGUGCUCCGCCAUCUUCUCCAAGAACUCCAAAUACAUCCUGUCCAGUGGCAAAGACUCCGUGGUCAAGCUGUGGGAGAUCUCGGCAGGCCGGACGCUGGUCAAGUACACAGGUGCAGGUUUGAGCGGACGUCAGAUGCAUCGCACACAGGGCGUGUUCAACCACACGGAGGACUACGUGUUGCUGCCUGACGAGCGCACCAUCAGCCUGUGCUGCUGGGACUCGCGCACGGCUGAGAGGAAAAACCUGCUGUCUCUGGGACACAACAACAUCGUGCGCUGCAUCGUCCACUCGCCCACCAAUCCGGGCUUCAUGACCUGUAGCGAUGACUUCAGGGCUCGUUUCUGGUACCGCCGCACCACCACAGACUGAGACGCAUCGCGGUUCCGUGUUUCCACUUUACCGAUGUUCCUCCCCAUCUCAUACUCCCACCUGAACAGAGACUCAAUCGGAAUGUUGGACUCUUCUGCUGAAUUCAUAACCUCGGUGAUCUUGUCACUUUCUGUUGAUCUGUGGCAUCUUACAUUUUGAUUGAAUUUAAAGUUUGUGGGGCAGUUCUUCGUAAAACAGUUGUCAUGUCAUCUGAAGUGACACUCAGUUCCCUGGAUGUGCACUGAGACAGAUUUUGCUUUAAGGAAUUCUAUACUAAAAAGAGCAUACCCACUUGAUUUGAUGAAUCCAUGUAGGCUUUUCAGUAUAAUUCUUAUAGAUAAGAAUCUAUGGGUCUUUUUCCUAUCUUUAUUUAAGAGCCUGAUCUUUCACAUCACAUUUUGUAUUGCUCUCACUCAAAACCACUCAUUAGCAUUCAAAUAUACUUUGCUUGUGUUUAGAUUUCAUGCGCUCCAUUGUAAUGAUAAAGCUGUGGAGGGCGUGAGUGCAUGAACUUGGUUAAAGUUACUACCUGUACGGGACUCUCAAUGACGUAAAGCAAACACAUUCACAACGAGGUUGAGACAAUUUCACUUGUCAGCACUACACCCGGCAUUCUAUUGUUUGGGAAAUUUUGAAGCAUGAAAAAAUCAGAAAGCGGAGGAGACAUCCGAGACGUCAGAGCACAAAGAAGCACCGUGAGCGUGAGAAGAGCUGGAGCGAAGGAAAUCUAAGAACAAGCAGAUAUAUUUGAGUGUAAGCGCAGGGUUUUGAGUGAAAGCAUUACAAAAACAAAAUGUGAAAUCGGUCCUCUCAAACUGGAAGACCACAUUCAUGAGGAAAAAAAAAUCUCCAUAAGAAUCACAAUGUACAUUACCUGCAGAUGUUUUUCCCUUUGACUUAAAGUGAAGGCCAGCAGGGAGAUGAAGAAUACUUAGAACAAGGAAUACCUGUGUCAGUGUCCGUAUGGGGGCCUGACUGUUUUAAGUCAGAUUUGAAGAAAUGAAUGGAGACUGAUACACUGAACUUCACUUGGACUUUUAAACUUCCUCUGACCUUGUGGAAACUUCAUGUGUAACCUUUGCCUCUCAAAACGUUUGUCGUCAUUUUGACCGCAGAGCUGGGUUGUUAUCUUUUCCACUUUUAUACUUUCUCAAUGUCCUUGGUUGUGAUUUUUCUUUUUAUUAAACUAUUAAAACAAGAAGCCCCUUCUGUGAA